AAGAAUUACACAGGAAUCAAUCAAAACCUGCAGCACCAUUAACUUAACAGCUCUCUGGGUUGACACUUUGAAUUGUGUGUCCCAUGUCCCUGUUCACUGCUCAUUGUCUCCUCCUGAUGCCUAACUGACCGAGCCAUGAGGUGGAGGUGCCUGGGCUGUACAAAUUUUAUUUUUAAAAAUCACACAAUACCAAAUUAGAUUCGAUUCCCUACAGUAUGGAACAGGCCCAAUACGUGCGCACCAACUCCCCACCUAGACCCAUCCUCUAUAUUUAAACCUGACUAAUGCACCAAACCUUAUGGCCAAUUCACCUGGCCUGUGGGAGGAAACCCCACGCAGACACGGGGGAGAAUGUGCAAACUCCACACAGACAGUCACCCAAGGGCUGGGAUCGAACCCGGGUCCCUGGUGCUAUGAGGCCACAAUGCUAACCACUGUGCCUCCCCAAGAAGUCCCCACCAGGUUUAUUUGGAAGUACAGGCUUUCGGAGUGCUGCUACCUGAUCAAACCAAAGGGACGCCUGUUUCAUCCUGAGGGGAUUGAUGUUGAACGAGAAGUGAAAAUAACUGCCUGGAUCAAUGAUGGCGGCGCCCCCGAGCUCCAACCCCAAGGGAUCGGGGGAACUGCGCGUGCGCACGGACGCCAGGUGACGCGCAUGCGCCGGGCCCUGUUUUUUGAGGGGGAAGGGAGCAAGUCGAGAGAUGGCCCCGCCUUCCCCGCGAGGUGGAGGCAAACUCCGGGAGGUGCGGCCCCUCGAAACUAAAAGAAAGAUGUGUGGGAUAGGGGAAAGUUGGCAGAUAACUGGUUAAAGGAGGAGGCGGCGGUGCGCUGUGUGUGUGUGUGUAAACGUGGGCGGAGGAACAAACGGAGCCACUUCGUCGGCAAAUGGCGGAGUGGGGGAGGGGAGUGAGUCACGUGGGAGUCAUACCCACUUGUUCCCACCACCCCCAGAGCGCAUGCGCCGCCAGCUGUGUCUGGGUAGCAGUACCUGGAGGAGACCAUGAGCAAUGAGGAGCAUACUCCGCUCCUUGAGCCUACUGCAGGGGGGUUCACCGAGCAGCAAUAUUUUCAUAAAGUGUGGAAUAGGAAUCUGUACCUGGCUACAUUUGCUGCUGUUCUGGGACCUCUUAGUUUUGGAUUUGUCCUUGGUUAUAGUUCUCCUGCCAUUCCAGAAUUGCAAUCUGAUUCAAACCCGUAUCUGAAUCUUGAUUCCACUCAGGCUUCCUGGUUUGGGUCCUUAGUUACAAUAGGUGCAGCUGUGGGUGGCAUAAUUGGAGGAUGGAUUGUUGAUAAAAUUGGCAGAAAGCUGACCCUGAUGAGCUGUGCUGUUCCGUAUGUCGCCGGGUUCGCAAUGAUCAUUGUAGCACAGAAUGUCUGGAUGCUGUACAGUGGUAGAAUAUUGACUGGAUUGGCGAGUGGAGUCACCUCACUGGUUGUGCCCGUCUACAUUUCUGAAAUGGCUCACCCUAAAGUACGAGGGCUGUUAGGAUCCAGUGUUCAGCUGAUGGUGGUAAUCGGAAUCAUGGGUGCAUAUGUCGGUGGAAUGGUCUUGACCUGGUAUUGGCUUGCUGUGUUAUGUUCCUUACCACCAACCCUGAUGGUAGUACUAAUGUGCUUCAUGCCAGAAACUCCACGGUACCUGCUUAGAAAGAACGAACAUGCUGAAGCACUAAGGGUCCUGGCUUGGCUGAGAGGACCUGAAGUAGAUUCUGAAUGGGAAUGCAGACAGAUUGAAGCAAAUUGUGAUGAGCAGGAUGCCAAGUUUGCACUUUCAGAGCUAAAAAAUCCAACAAUUUACAAGCCUUUACUUAUAGGAAUAUCUAUGAUGUUAUUUCAGCAGUUAAGUGGAAUCAAUGCAGUGAUGUUUUAUGCUGAAAGCAUCUUUGAACAAGCAAAUUUUAAGAACAGCAGUGAGGGCUCUGUCAUAGUUGGUGUUGUUCAGGUAGUUUUCACAGCUGUGGCUGCACUCAUCAUGGACAAAGCAGGGAGAAAACUUCUCCUGGCCGUAUCAGCAUUGAUCAUGUCCGUCAGUACAGCAUUGUUUGGGGUAUAUUUUAAAAUCUGGCAAGUGAAUACCAACAACUCCUCUCUACAUAAAGCAGACAUUUUAACUGUUGGGAAUCCAGUUUCUGAGGCUCCAACAUGGCUACCUCUCGUCUGUCUUGUCGUCUUUAUAACAGGUUUUGCGCUUGGUUGUGGCCCUAUUCCGUGGUUGGUGAUGUCAGAGAUAUUUCCAGUCAGGGCGAGAGGCAUGGCAAGUGGAGCCUGUGUCCUGACAAACUGGUCAACAGCGUUUUUGGUAACCAAGGAAUUCCAUGACCUUGUUGAGAACAUAACCCAGUAUGGGACCUUCUGGCUCUUUUCGAGUUUCUGUUUCAUGAACCUGCUCUUCACCAUUUUCUUUGUCCCUGAAACAAAAGGGAAAACACUCGAAGAGAUUGAGGCCCAUUUUAAAGCAACUACUUAAGGGCAGUUAAAUGAAUCACUUAUUUUUAAUGCUGCUUUUAUUCAAUGUUGUAUACCUGUGAUUGUAUACAGAUUCUUUAAAGUGGUAAUUAAGCAGUACCAAAACCUGGGCCCUCCUGAUAUUGCACCUGUCAAUAUCAUCAUCAUUGUUUAUUCUCCUGCAUUGCCCCCCCACCCCUCCGCCUGCCCUGCUUCAUUUUAACGUGAAACAAAACUUCUAAGGUCAGGCGAAGACCUAGGCACUGCACCAGUAUACAUCAAAACAGAAGAUUGGACCCAAGUUAAUGUAGUACUGUACAGCUGAUUAAUAUUUUUUAAGUUUUAAAAUGUUACCUUGAUUUGUUUUGACAGUUCAUGGUCACUACAGCAAGGCAGAUUUGUGAGUAAUUUGGUGGAAAAAUUCCAACUGGCAAAUAUUGUAUACAAAGUUAUUUGGGGGACCUGUGUAAACUGGAACUAGCAAAUGAGAAAUCUGUUUACAUUUCUCCCCAUUCCCUACUGUCCAAAGUCAAAAUUGCUACUUUGGUGUCCACAGCAUACUUGUCAAAACAAGUAACAAGACCAAUUAACAAAGCAGCUACUUAAUGCAAACCUAACUUUUUAAAAAUGCACAAUUAUCAUACAGUUUUAAAUUGAAGAAAAUUCACAAGGUUAUUUGUUCCUUGUUGCUUUGAUAUGUUUUAGUUUUAAGAGAUUACAUCCUUGGAUUUUCCAUUUUUAACCUAUUUAACACACUACCUCACUGAAUA